AUGGCUGUCCAUGCCAGAUCGAUCUCGGCUCUGGGAUCGGUGGCGGUUGCUUUACUUCUGGCCGUCGACACUACUGCGCUCCAGUUGUUCAACGCGACUCCAUCCGGCAUUCCCUCAGCUUGCGGUGAUGCCUUGGUGACAAACAUCACGUGCGAUCAGCUCUAUUCAGUCUCCGCUGUCUCGAACCAACAGUUCAUUGGGAGCAAAACGCUUGAAGCGAUUUGUGUAUCAAAUUGUAGAGACUCACUCUAUGACUACCACGACCAGGUGGAGAGUGCCUGUGGAACCGAAGUAUAUGAUUUUGCCGGCGUCAACCAAACUGUACAAAACUUUUUGGAUCCCCUCACUUGGGCUUUCAAUGUUUCCUGUCUCACAAAUGGCGAUGAAUACUGUUAUUCAGACAUCACCAACCGCAAUACCAGCAUUGAGCCUUGCUCUGAUUGCUUCCUACAAUACGAGGCUGCCAUGCUAGGCUCCGCUAGUCCAACAUCUUUAUCUGCUACCAGCUCGCCUACCACAACUUGCACUGGGACCACUUAUACUGUGAAACAGGGUGACAGCUGUGACACCAUCGCGGCAGCUCAUGACGUUGCUACGGGAAAAUUCAUCACGGAGAAUCAUUUCGAUGCAAAUUGUACCGCUAUGAGCGUGGGAGACGAUGUCUGCAUCGGGACAAGCUGUUCAUUAUACCAAGUCCAGCCGGGCGAUACCUGCAGCUCCAUUCUUGCCAACUAUACCUUCUACAUGAAUCAGCUUUUAUCUUGGAACCCAACGAUUCAUACCAACUGCGACAAUCUCGAUACUAUGGUGGGAGAUCAAAUCUGCGUUGGACCUCCUGGUGAAGAAGACUGGAACGUUACCACAACUAAUUUCACCACCGUUUGGAACGUUACGUUUGUUCUCCCAACAACCGCUUUCACAACCCUCCCUGCCCAGACCGGAGCCCCAAACUAUACCACAAGUUGGUUUGUGACCACCAGCACGAUCUCAAACUACACCCAGACAGCUACUGCCUUAUCUUCAUCUGUUGUCAGCUCCUACAAUGAUCUUACAACAUACUGUCCAAUCUCCUUCAAUGAUGCCAUGUCAGGUUGGGAUAUAACCUCUUUGCCAGACGAUUGCUACGCCGGCCUUUUGAAAUACUGCGAGCCCUCAUUAAAUGCGACAAUGCCCGCUAGUACCAAGUUCCCUAAUACAUGCUCACCCGCUUACUACCAGGCGACUGCUUCCAGCACAACAGCCACUUCGACUAAAUCCUCUCCACCUACUCAGUCUGGUAUUGCAAAUAAUUGUGAUGCCCUGUAUGUGGUCAAAACAAAUGAUACCUGCGCAAGCAUUGUGAAGGUUUACGGGAACUUUACCUUGACCCAGUUUUACACCUGGAAUCCAGCCGUCGGUACAUCCUGCAAAUACCUCGAUGCUGGGGAUGCCGUCUGUGUCGGAGUUCCAAGUACAAGUGCUACGCCAACAUCAAGCGGCGCGACCAGCACCGCAACCAGCACCAAACCCUCACCUGUUAUGCCUAGCACCGCUGCCGACUGCACCAAAUAUUAUUACGUUGUUGAAAACGACAGCUGUGAAUCCAUCGAGACAGCCCACGAUAUCACAGCCGCCGAGUUCUCUAAAUGGAAUCCUUACGUGUCAAAUGGGACCGACUGCCAACAUCUCUGGCUGGAUACCUACGUCUGUGUUGAUGCUCCAGAUUCGAGCAGCAGUACAGCAACAACCUCCAUCGCAAACACUGCGACCCAGACUGUGACAAGUACCAGCACCAUUCCCUCACCUGUCAUGCCGAGCACAGUCGCCGACUGCACCAAGUAUCAUUACGUUGUCACGGACGACACCUGUGAAUCUAUCGAAGGAGCCAACGAUAUUACAGCUGCUCAGUUCUCCACUUGGAAUCCCUAUGUUGCGGAUGGCACCGACUGCCAGAAUCUCUGGCUAGAUACUUAUGUGUGUGUCGAUGCUCCGGAUCAGAGCAGUGCAACCACGGCCUCGGUCACGACUACGACCCAUACUGCUUCAAGCACCACGCCCUCCCCUCUCAUCCCGAGCACCGACGCAGAUUGUGCCAAGUUCCACUACGUGGUUGCUGACGAGGACUGUGAGUCCAUUGAAUCCGAGUAUAGCAUCACUGCGGCUCAGUUUAACACGUGGAAUCCCUAUGUUGGAAGCGACUGUGCGGGUCUUUGGCUCAACUAUUAUGUUUGCGUGGGCGUUUAA